ACGUUCGUUUCUGGUGUGACACGUGUUUGUUUCCCGCGAAAUCAGCCAGUCUCCGUGUGAAGAUUGCUGGAAGGAUUCUGUUGUUUCGCGGUUGUGAGAGGAUCGAACAAUUUUACAAAUGGAUAAAGAGUUAUUUCGUAAGCUAGCUUCAAAGAUCGGGAUAACAGCUGUUAAAGUAUUGAGCCAAGCAGAAGAGUACAUGCGAUUAUCCCAAGUGAAAUGCGUUGGACUGGGUUCUGUGACAGCCACCAGCAAGGCCCUUAUUUGCCUUGAGUUGGCAGCGACUUCAAUGAAAUUUCCUGUAGACAAGGAGUAUGCCAUCAAACUAUCUGGACUGAGUCCUAAGGUUUACUCCAGCAAUUUGAAGGCUAUGGAGUGCAUGCUGGGCCUGCAGUCAAACCUGGGUCUCAGAGAUCUUGCAGUGCAGUAUGGGUGUUUGGAAGCAGUUAAAGUGGCCUCUCAGAUCCUUCAACGGUAUGAGACCAGUUUGCCCGCUGCUCAGCAACAAGACCUUGACCUGUCUAAACCUCUUUUCACCACAGCAGCUCUAUAUGCAGCAUGCAAGUGCAUGAAAAUCAGAACUGACAGGAAAUUAGCCUCUUCAUCUGGAGCAAAGAAGGGCAUCUUUGACCGGCUAUGCACACAGUUUCAGAAAUUUGGACAGGAGAUCAGCAAUGAGGCUUCAUCUUUGGAGAAACCAGUCAAAACUGCUCAAAAGAGGCAGAAGACUCUCACUGAACUGCUAGAAACAGAAGACGAUUAUGGGAAGCCUGCAACAUCUCCUAAGCAAGAGCGAGUUGAAAAGACAGAGGAGGAAGAGACACAACAUUAUGAGGACUGGAAAAGAAAAAUCCUUGAAAAUGCUUUAAAAGUGAAGGCUGUAGAUUCUUGAACUCUAAGGUUUUAAGUUUCCAGUUUAUUUAAUUAUGGUUCUGCAUAAUGUCAACUUUGAGUUGGAUUUAAUAUUCUACCAAGAGAAGUUGCCUGCCCCCCUCUGGCUUCUUGUGUUUAACCGUUUCAUCCUUAUACAGACAUUUCCAGAGGAAUUGAGGCGCACUUGUUUUUUUUAUUGCCAUUUGCCAGGUCAAAGACUAUUACUAUUUUAGAUAUUGUGCAAAGAUUUACCAACUGUUAAGUUCCUCAUUUUAGAUAAUGUAUCGAAAACGACAAGAUUUGUCAUUAAUUAAUUUAGUUUGAGUGCUAAUGUUUGAAUUUGUGUUUAGUCCAUCAUGGUUUGGAUGAUUGUGUAUGGUGACAAUAUGACUUCAUUUCUCAGUUUUCUGUGGUAUUCCUUUGAAUCACAUUAAAAUCUCAUAGGAGGUUUAUAAUGCAUUCAAGAUCAUCUAGAUGUGUUUUAUCAAUUUGUUUCAAUAAUACAUGGCUCAUCUGCUUCCAGUUUGAUUUUAAUGUGAAUAAAAUGUGUUCGUGACAA